UAUAGUUAUGUAUAUCGUUGUUAAAAACGUUUAGAAUUUUUAUCAGAAAGGAAAAAUAAAAUGCAUCCAGUAAACAACUCGAAAGAAAGAUUUUGUAGGCUGUGUAUGAAUGUUAUAAGCGAUACAAAUUGCCAAGCAAUAGGAGAAGCCAUAAGGGACGUUCUAGAAAUUGUUUUGCCAAACGUGAACUUGGAGGAGCGAAAUAAACAUGUAAUAUGUAUAACAUGCUCCAUAAAAUUAUCAGACGCUUUUAAUUUUAAGUCGACAUGUAUGGAUACUGAAGAUAUUAUUUCUGCAUAUGUUAAUUCCAGUAAAAUGUCAGUGGUUGACUUAAAAGAGGUUUAUCUAAAGGAAAAUGGCAAUAUUCAGUUAACUGAUAUAUUGGAAAAUCAGAAAAUAUGUUUAUUAUGUAUUCAAUUGAUAACACGUGGAUCUGUUUCAGUAAAUGAAGUGGACGUUGAUAUAAUUGAAAAGUUUAUGUCUCGACAAAACAUUGGUUGUACCAAGGAUUCUUUUCUUUGUGAAUUAUGUUUUGAUUCGCUUCGUACUCAUGGUACUUUUUUAAAGAACUGCUUUGAUGCGCAGGAAAAAUAUAAAAAUAUCGACAAACGGUCUUACAUUAAAACUGAAAAUAUUGAAAUAAAACUGGAAGAAAGUCAUGAUAUGCAGGAGAAAUAUAGAAGUACUGAUAAGCAACCUUACAUCAAAUUUGAAGAAAUUGAAAUAAAGGUAGAAGAUCAGGAUAGUGAUCCACUUUUGUACCACUUGGAAAAUGAAACAAUUAAAAACAAAAUGGGGUAUACUUUUGAAGAUGAAGGGGAAAUAAAGCGUGAAGAUAUACUUAAAUGCGAGCCGGGAUUUAAUGAAAACCUUGUGUUAUCAAUGUCAGUUCCCAGUAUCCAAAUAUGCAAUUCUGAAGAGUCUAGAUUUGAAAAGGGCGAACCUUCGUUAGAUGUGCAGUUCUACCGAUGUGAAAAAUGUAAAUAUGAAACUAAGCUUGAAGCGGAUCUGCAAACUCAUCGGUUAAUACAUAUAACCCCUUCAAAAAUUCAGGUGUUUAUGUGUGAUAUGUGUAGCUAUGAAACUAAACGUAAGGCUCACUUAAAACUGCAUCAGUUACAGCACAAAGACCUUUCAGAUAUCCAAAUGUACAAGUGUGCCAGGUGUAGUUUUGAGACUAAAUAUAGGAAUUCCAUUAGAGCUCAUCAGAUAACGCACAAGAACACUUCAGAAAUCCAAAUGUACACGUGUGAUACGUGUACUUACAAAACUAAGUAUAAGAGAGUGCUAAACAGGCAUCAGUUAAUGCACAAAGACCCUUCGGAAGUCCAAAUGUACAUGUGUGAUUCCUGUUCUUACAAAACUAAACUUAAGAGUAAUCUAAACAGGCAUCAGUUAGUGCAUAAAAAUAUUUCAAAGACAGAAAUAUAUAAAUGUGAUGAUUGUGCUUAUGAAACUAAAGAUAAGAGAAAUCUAAAAGACCACCAAUUAAAGCACAAAGACCCCUCGGAAGUCCAAAUGUACAAAUGUGAUGCCUGUAGUUUUGAAACUAAACGAAAGAGACAUCUUAAAAUGCAUCAGUUAAUACACAAAGACCCUUCGGAAAUCUACGUGUACACAUGUGAUACUUGUACUUAUGAGACUAAAUAUAAGAAUCAUCUAAGUAAGCAUCAGUUAAUACACAAAGACACUUUGGAAAUUCAAGUGUAGAAGUGUGACAUGUAGUUAUAAAUUUAAAUGUAAAUAUUUGAAAAAUCUUCAAUACAUGAGAAUUCUCCACAACACGAUUGUGGGAAUGUGAUAUGGGAAACUAUGACAAAUGGACAUAAUGGAAGUGUUUUCAAGAUUAAAUAUAAUAAAUUUUGAGACUAAGAU